ACUGGAUCUAGUCAAGUCGUAGGCGAGAAAGUUCCAUCCCGGUGCUUGGCAACCGAGAUAGUCUGGAAUUAGUGGCUUUUGGGCGAAUCCUUUCGAGCCCUGGUCAGUCUAUCCGCUAGCGACUCUCUCGCUACUAAAUUAUCAGAUGCCAAUGCCACUGGCCAGGGGGAAAGCGGAGAUUUCUGGCUGCAAGAUGCGCCCAGUAACAGGCCGCCUCCGCACGCAGCAUCAUGGCUCUCCCACUGCUGAAAUCACCGCGGGUGGAUCGGGUGGGGGUCUGGAAAGCGAAGGAAGGCCAGUCGAUGUAGGAAUCCUUCGUAAGGUUUCGAGGUACCAUUCGAAACUGCCGGUUGCAAUUGGACAAGCAUUGAUGCGGGAUUUUCGUAUGCAAGAAAAAAGGUUAUCCUGCCGCGAGCCUCGAGGGGAUCAGAUCAUCAGCGCCCGUCCGGACACCACCGCCGCAAGAGGAUGGACUUAGAGCCUUAGGGGCCUUAGAGGACUUUGACUUAGAGGACGGUGUGAUCCACCACUAGGGUCGAUCAGCAGCGCGCCGGUGGUUUGCCAUGCCCGGCAGUCCUGGUGUGUGGUGUGUAAAUGAAACGGACGAGGGCGAUGGUAGGAUUGACCGUUGUUUGGAUGGGUAGAAACUG